CAAAAAGAUACCCUUUCAACCCUUUUUUCAAUUUGUUUCACGACAAAAAAGAACCUUGACUCGUCGAAUGAUAUCUGAGCCCCUUUAAGAUUCCUCUCAAGGAACCGCACAGCAAAAUAUCAGAACCGCAAAUGGGCAUCGAUGCUCCAGACAACUGGAACUUGAUUUAGACACCGCGAGACCGACAAGCGAAAUUCGACGACCUGCAAACAAGAGCAGAAUGUCGGGCGACGAUGGCGGCGACGUUGAAAUGGGCGACGCGGAGGAGGUCGUCAUGCCGUUCCGCAUGUCUUCACGCCUGGAUGCGGCCGGUGGUAAUCAGAUAGCAGAUAGCACUUCCGCAACUGGGGCAGUACAGGAGCAAGGUGCUGUGUCAUCAACAGCAGCUGUAGCGCCAGCAACCACGGCCGCCGCCGCACCGCCGCAGGAUAAAAAUACUAGUGCAGUGGCUGCGAAUAAUACAAUUUCUAACGGCAACGACAGUGCGGGACAACUGCAGCCGGUGCAAGAAGCUCCUUCUAUCGCAGUAGAAAUAAACGGAGCAGCAACUACGGCAGCGCAGAAAGAAGACGGUGCUGGGGAAGUUGUAGAACAUCAAGCAGUCGUGGUGGAGGAGGAAAACAACCAAAACCAAAACGAAAAUGGCGAAACAAACGUCCGCGGUGCGGCACCCAACAUCGUCCUGGUGCCAAACCAAAAGUUUCUGGAACAAUGGAAGCUAAAGGAGGGGGAAUUAGACAGUGUUAUCAUUCUCGCCGGGCUGGACCAGUGCCAGAUGGGGCAGAUCUGGGCGCUGUUCAACGGCAAAGUGCCGCAGGGCACGGUUACCAACAUACACUGGAUCUCCGACCAUCUGCUGCGCUGCGAGUGCGCAUCGGCGGAGGCCUGUACUGACUACAUAGUCUUUUUUAGCGUAGAUGUUUGCUUGUAUCUGAUCGACAAAUGCUUGUUUUAGUGCGGCGCAUCGGGGGCCACGGCUCGUGCAUUUUUCGUGACAUUUUUAUACAAGAAUGCCGCUUAAUAGUAUGUUCAUUUCUGCAUCUUCAUCAUACAACAGGUAACACGAUCAUCGAGCUCCUUACCGUGAAGUACCCCACCCCCGAUCUGCUUCCCCAAGAAGAGCGGGAGGGGCCUGGCAUCUGGAGAUGCCGCAAUCGAUUCGUCGAGGUGCGCCGGGCGCUGCCGACGGACGUGAAGCCUGAGGGCUUCAAGCGAAAACAGCGGGGCGGAAAGACCGUGAAGGAAUACCGAGGCGACGUCAAGUGGUGCGCGGAGCAAGGUAUAAUUAGGAAAAACUACUCAAUAAUUGAGUUGUUUCGAACUACAGAAUUCCAUGCAAAAAUGUCGUCGUGAGAAUAUUUUUAAAGCAAGGUAGAUGGAGGUGUCGGGAAUCAAUCUUGUAGUUGAAGGAAAAAGAAAAGCAAAAAAUUCUUUCUCGCCCGCACAUAAAUCCCUGAAAUUAUAUCAGGCCACGACACCAACUUCGCGACAAAGCUGGCGCUGAAGGCCAAAGCGAUGGAGCAGUGGACGGAACUCGUCGAGGACGACGUGCAGCAGAGCGUGAACCUGGAAACGGACGUGAUAUCAACGACGCAUCUCCUCGACAUGAUGUCAAAAAAGGACGAGAAAGCCUACACCGCACAAGAGGUGAAAGGCGUGCCCCCGGCACAGAAAGGUACUUUAAAUAGCUUUUACCAGAGUUUGAUGUUUUUCCUCCUUUGCUUUUUUGAGGUUGGAGAUGGAGAUGGAUUCGUCCUCGUCGGCGGAGCUUGAAUAGAAUUACUUUAUCUCCUGCACAUGAGCAUGACGUUUUGACGCAGGGUUGUUGUACUACUAUAUCCAAACGGGAAAAAAUCGUUCCAACAGGCGCCCGCACCAUCAUGGGUCCACCCAUGGGACCCCCCGGGGCCUUCCGCGGGAAAGGCGGGAACGAAGUGCCGGUGUUCAAUCCGCUCGGGGACGGCGGCAGCUCGUGGGGCGGCAACCACGGCCGCGGGGACUGGGCACCGCUGGCGGACCACGAGAAUAACCGCGACAUGGAGGGUUUUCUGGACUAUUUGCAGGAAUCCGACCUGCAGAGUAGCUGGGACGCCACCUCGGUAUACGGGACCGGAAGCGGAAACACGUCGUCGGUAUACGGUGGCGGCUCGUCGAGAAGGUAAGUUGAAGCAAAGGAAAGAAGUUUUGACGACGUCAUUUCAAUCGUGCCGCAUAAUUCGAAAUCGUCCUAGAGUAAGAGUGCUAUCUGCUCUGUGGGCAUUUUUGAUGCUUUAUCUUCGUGGUCAAGGACUACUGGCUUUAUGAGAUGAACACGAACCUUCUUGCAUGGAUACAUAACAACGCCACGACGAUGCUGAAAUGAAUACAAACUAAGUACUGCAUAAUCUUCACAAAACGACGUAUGAUCCCAUUUUGACAUGUUCUAUCAGGGAUCCCUACGGCACUCCGCAACAGUAUGGAUGUGUCAGAGUUGAAAUCGACAAAGUUGAAAUAAUUUGUCAUGCAUAAAAGGGACGCCAGUUGGAACCCAGUUUCUAAGUGGUGCAUGACAAAUUUUGGUGGUCCCUAAAUCCAGUUUGUCAUGCUGUUUAGGCAAAGAAGAGUGAUUUUCUCAUGCUACUUUAGCAGCUCGAGCUGUAGCCCCCAACAGGCUUACAAUUGGCCUCACUUGCCUGCUCUGCAACACACGUGCCUCGGGUCAUGCAUUUUAUGCAUUACAAAUUAUUUCAACUUUGACGAUUUCAAACCUGACGCUUCCAUAAACAGCGAAUGCAAGAGUUCGACCGGUACAGCAGUAGCAACAGCCGGCGGCCCCGCUACGAGACGGACAGCAACAUCGACUCCAGUUGUAUCCUAUGUAAAAACGUCCCCACCCCAUAGUUGUCAUGCAGAGCUGCGUAGUAAAAAUGUUUAUCAUGCAGAGCCCCAUGUUGAGAAGCAUUUUCUAGUCCGGUUUUGGAAUUUGUGAUGCUCGGAUCCGCAUGAUGUGCUAGAUCUGUGAUGCUUCUGGAGGUAGCUAAACAGGAUUACAUUACGAGGCCAAACUUGUCAUGCGCAGCAACGAAAGCUAAUUGAUUUGUCUAGCACAUUUCCCAACAUCUUGACUAUGGGGUGGGGACGUUUUUACAUAGGAUAAGUUACGGCCAAGGCGGCCACGAGGUGCUCACCAACGAGCGGCGCCGGUUCGACGAGCCGCAGCGUGGGCGGGAGCGGUCCCCGCGGCGAAACGACGACCGGGGCGGGCCAUACAGCCGGGGCGGCGGCCAACAGUCCUAUGGCAACGACGAUAGGUCCUACCAAGACCGAGAUCGAAGCGACCGCGGCUACAACAACGACCGGAGUGGCGGGAAUCGCCGCGGUAGGGACGACUAUGAUGACGACUACGACCGAAAACGCAGGAGACGGUGAAGUUAGCAGAGUGAGAAGUAACCUCAUCUUGUUGUUCCCUACAUAUGGCAGCUUUUUUGUCCUGUCGUCCUGGUUUCACCGAGUCACCGAGUGAGUCACAGCGCUAGUAGAUAAUUGGUGGCAACUACUAGCUACUUUCUUAUUCGUGCGAAAAAGAUGAACACCAAGACAGGAUAAGGAGCGACGGAAAGUUUGUUUUGCCGUAUUCAAAAAGAAAAUCAAAGGACACAAGCG